ACUCGACUCUACUCAUUCACUAUAACAUCAGCCUUUAUCCCUCAGUCAUGACAGUGGGCAAAGAGUACUGGGUCUUUGGUUACGGCUCGCUCAUUUGGAAGCCUCCCCCCCACACCGUGGAGCAACGGCCUGGAUACGUCAAGGGCGUGGUGCGCCGCUUUGCCCAGUCGUCAAACGACCACCGCGGUACUCCAGAGAACCCCGGCCGCGUCGUGACCGUCAUCAACGCCGCCGACUGGCAUCGCCUGGCCAAAGGAGUGGGUCGCGCGACACGUCCAGCCGAGAACACUCGUGCUAAUGCUUCACAGGAUCCGCACGCCGACGACGAGGACCUUGUCUGGGGAGUCGCCUACAGAAUAGACCCGGCCAAGGAGGAGGAGGUGCGCGCGUACCUUGAGUACAGAGAGAAGAACGGCUACACGUCGCACGAUGUGCCGGUGUAUCACACCACCGAGGACGGUACCGAGGCGAUUGCCGUGCCCGAGUCGACGAUCUGGAUCGGCAACCUGGACAACGAGGCCUUCGUCGGCUAUGAACCACUCGACGUUGUUGCGGAUCUGAUUCACGUGCGCCAUGGUCCUUCAGGCCCUAACAAGGAAUACCUGUACCGCCUUGCCGAGGCCGUGCGCCAGCUCUACCCUCACGUCAAGGACCCGUACCUCUUCGAGCUGGACCGCGCCGUGAAGAGCCGCGAGGCUGCUGCACAGGCAUAGGAGGGCCGAGCUCAACGACCACCGCCCGUCUUGUGUGGUCGCGCGACGGAGCUCGCGGACACACGGAAGAGUUGAGCACACGCUAGAUGUGUCGCUUGCUCAUUGUACCUCCCUCUAGAGCAUGUACUCUGUUAUUGAACUCGGGCACAUGCGGACAGCUGCGCUGCGCGGACCGGCCAUGGAC